GGGCUGUGACAUUUACUACACGGACCAACAGCAGAAGGGCAGUAUCCGUGCCCCCCCAUCCCCUGUAGGGGCAGGGCCUGGCGGGGUAUAAAUAGGUCAGACUGCUGUGUUCUCCCCAAACCUCUCUCUUCAGCACUUCCUCUCUCUUGAUCUGGUCCUGACUGUUGCCAUGGCAUGCCCUCUGGAGAAGGCCCUGGAUGUGAUGGUGUCUACCUUCCACAAAUACUCAGGCAAAGAGGGUGAUAAGUUCAAGCUCAAUAAGUCGGAGCUAAAGGAGCUGCUGACCAAGGAGCUGCCUAGCUUCUUGGGGAAAAGGACAGACGAAGCUGCUUUUCAGAAAUUGAUGAGCAACUUGGACAGCAACAGGGACAACGAAGUAGACUUCCAGGAGUACUGUGUCUUCCUGUCCUGCAUUGCCAUGAUGUGCAAUGAGUUCUUUGAAGGCUUUCCAGAUAAACAGCCCCGGAAGAAGUGAAGACCUCCUCAGAUGAGGUGGGGAACAGUCUGCCAGUGGAGGUCUUCCCCAUCGGCCAUGAGCACAAUGUCUUACCCUGGCUCUUUCAGACAUGUGCACAAUGUUGAACAAGUUUAAUAAAGAGUUUUAAAACUAUGAAA